UUGUUUUCGUGAUUUGGUUUACACUUCCUCAUAUAAAUAGCGUUGGUUACGGCGGUCUCCUUCUCCCGACGGCUAUCUGCGGAGGAGAAGACAGAGAUUCGAAAAAAUGCCUAAGCAAAUCAAUGAGAUUAAAGAUUUCCUCCUCACCGCCAGAAGGAAGGAUGCUCGGUCUGUGAAGAUCAAGCGAAGCAAAGACGUUGUCAAGUUCAAGGUCCGAUGCUCCAAGUACCUCUACACGCUCUGUGUAUUUGACCAAGAGAAGGCUGAUAAGUUGAAACAGUCUCUUCCUCCAGGUCUGAGUGUACAAGAUCUGUGAGGUCAAAAGCUUUCCCAGACCAGAUGGAAACUCUAUAUUGAGGUUUAUCUAUUUUGAAAUUCUCAACGUUCUUGAUGUGGCUUUGUAUUUUUCUUAGGAGGUUGUUUUUUUCCCCGUUCUUUCAAUGAUUCAAAACGUGGUUUUGGAUUGGUUGGUAAAUGGAAAGACUUGUUCCUCCUUUUGUUAAAUCUUGAUUUGGAGUUUACC